AUGGCUUUGAUACAAAGAAGCCCGGCAUGUAUCCUUAGCUGCCUGGCAGCCUGCUUUUCCACUACUGCUCUCGCGACCUUCAUCACACUGUUCGCAGCAUCGGUCCUCGGACCAACCCCCAUACAUAUGCAUGCAACGGUAGCUGCUGUGUUUGACAUUUUGGCGAUCACAAUCCUCUUUGUCUUUGUCGUCUUUUACACUUGCACUGCUCGCAACUUGCAGUAUCACAAGUGGGCUCUUGCAGUUGUUACCCUCUUGCCGUUUGCGAUCGCUAUGGUCAUGUCGAUUUAUGUCCUGGGAUGGAUGUACAACAACCUACCGCUUAUCGAGACGCACGGUCAUUUCGAAGAUCUCCCUUCCAUGAUCGCCGCUGCUCUCGCAAUGUGGACAUUUUCACUUAUAUCGCUCGGCGUAUAUGGUGGACUUUACUGGAGGUCGAAAUCUUCGUUGCCCGAUUCCGUUCUUUUCACCUCAGAUCCCCUACAAAGUUGUAUGGAUCUUGGCGAGCAAAAGACCCAAGCCCUCUCACUAAACACUCUUUCGCCUUACACACCUAACUUCAGUCGACCAGUGUCGACAUUUUCCGAUAUCUCAGAUGAACAAUCGACCAGUGCCAAGUUCAGCGUUCGCAAUUCUGUACAACAAUUCCUCCGACACGGCAAAGGUUCCAAAAACUCAAUCAAGAACUCAGAGAGUGUGCGAUCAUGUUCGACUUCGGAGCGCAGACCUUCCGAUGGGUUUGAGACCUGGAACGUCGCAUCCACUCCAGAUACGGCCGAGGCAGCAGAUGCCUUGACAGCUCUGCGUAUCGCACAGCCACACCGACUCGAGACUAUUCCUGGCAGCAGACCAGUAUCUCCCGCUCAUCCUCUCGAUGGCCCAUUCGUAGAGGCUUGCGAGGAAGAUGAAGAGGCUGACGAAGUCCCUGAAUCACCAGAGUUCCCUCCUUUCGCACCUUCUCUGCAUCGCCGCCCAUCUCACCAACAAUUGAACCAGGAUCAGGGACAUAUUCAUCCUUUGUUCCGCAGCGAUAGUCCUCUACCCUCUCCUGCUGCCUCUCCCGGCACUAUCAUCACCUCCUCACCAUUUGCAGGCCAGGUUGUCAGCCCUAGCGACGUCGCAUUUGGCUCCCGCAGCCGAAAAGGGUCUGUACUGAGUUCGCGACCGUCCAGUCCAAAUCCCGAUGUCAACCGCUCUGGUAGUGCUUUGAGCCUCAGCAGACCUGCCAGUUCACGGAGCAUCAGAGGUCUUGCAGCACAGCAGAGACCCCGUGUGGUCAUGAGCCCCAGUCUUGGAGAUCUAAGGGCCGAGAGUGACAAGUUCAUUCAGAAACCACGGCCGACAUUGCACAAGCGUGAACGAUCCGCUUAG